AUGGCCUACCAAGGCAUAGGAGGAGGCAACGGCCUCAGAUCUCCUCGCGAAGAGUCGUCGUUCCUUUCCCUGAAUCGCGCCGCUCAGAACCAGAACGGCGACGGCCGCGCGACCCUGCAGCGACGCUUCACGACCAACAACAUUCCCACCAUGAGUACACCACUGUCGCCAAUCGGGCAACAACGCAGACAGGCGGCAGAGCCGACCGAAUUUACUACAGCGACGUACCACAAGCUGCAAGUUCUUGAGAGGAAACGGAUCGAACACGAAUAUCUCAAAGAGGCGAAACGGCGCUUCGACGCUGAGAUGGAGCUCCUCAACCUGCAAGCCCAGCACGGCGAGACUGACAUCAACCGAUUCUCAAACGAUCACUACGGCGGACCUGCUCAUAGCCAGCCCACUACACCGCCUGAGUACAGCGAGGUCAACGGCUUCCCGUCUGCACUAUCGCGUCCGAACCGUUUCAGCAUGUCCAGCAUCAAUCCGGCCAUCACUACACGCAGCAGCCGCGCCAACUCCCAAGUCACUUCCCCUCCUGCCAACUUCCAGGGCAAUGGUAAUCUGCCUUCGCACUCGAUGCCGGGAUCUCGUCGUAACUCUGAGGAAGAGCACGAUGACUUUGAGAACGACGACUUCACCCCUCUAAGUCCAGCUGCCCGCAAGAACAACCGCAUGUCGAUGCCCGUUACUAGAAUGGACUAUGGUAACCGCGGCGGUCUCCCAGAUGUGACCUCUCUUCUAGGUCACAUCGACACUGCGGGUUUCUUGUUUGGUGAUGACGCUGCUGCCUCUCAAGACCACAAGGCGUUCCUUCAGAUGGGCAACACAAAGGACGAUUUUCCCGUCCUGGUCCGCCGCGAUGGUACUGGCAAUGGUACGAAACUCUCUGCGUCUUCCGCUGCACUUGAUUUGGCCCUCUCACAAUCCCCUGGCCCAGAUGCUCAGUCUACUGGUUGGAACGGCUACCGUCACCGUCAGGCUCAACAGUCCCUUCCUGCUAACACAUUCCGUAAAGCUUCCCAGAUGGACGAAUAUGAGUCCGGCCGUCCCAACGGCAAUGCCGAGAACACGCCUAAGAACAACCGUCGCUCGGUUGAGUUCAACUUCAGCCCCAAGAACAACGAGUCUAAGCGCUCUAGUUACACUGGUCCAACCAACGGUAUGCCGAAGUUGACCCAGUCUUACUCAACCAACGAUGUUCCGACCCUCAAGAACGGAGUCAACGGUGCCAACAGUAUUGGUUUCACGCACUCACAGCAAUUCCACAACCACAACGCUAGUCUGGGUCGUAUCCCGUCAAAUGUCCUGUCCAACCGUAGCAGCCGAGAUCUCUCACUUGGCAACCGCGAGCCUGAGUAUCGUUCUCCACAGUCAGGCCUGCACGCGAGUGCUGCUCCCUUCGGUCCAGCAAUCACUUCAGGUGCUACCAACGGCAACAGUGGGCUUCCGUCAACUGUCGGUUCACCAACCAUGUCGCAGUACUCUAGUGUUCAAGCUGCCAACCCAGGAUACUAUGGAUAUGGUAUGAACAUGCUCAACAGUGCUAUGAACGGUCUCAAUCUUGGAGCUGGAGCUGGCCCCGGACCUCAGUACGGUGGACCUCCUGCUUAUGGCCCUAACGGCAUGUACGGUGGUGGACAGCCACAGUACAACCCAUACGCCACUUACGGACCAGGUGGUCGUGUGCAGGACAGUCAGGCUCGCGUCAUCCAGAGCCGUCGUCUGCAGAACGAUGCAAACAAGUACAUGAACUACGAUCUGAAGACCAUGCCCCGCCACGAGAUCUACAGUCUGUGCAAGGACCAGCACGGUUGUCGGUUCUUGCAGAAGAAGCUUGAGGAGCGCAAUGCGGAGAACAUUCAGAUCAUCUUUGACGAGACUGCCCCUCACGUUGUUGAACUCAUGACUGACCCGUUCGGUAACUACCUUUGCCAGAAGUUGCUGGAGUACUGCAACGAUGAGCAGCGCAACACUCUUGUUCGCAACGCUUCUCCUGCCAUGGUUCAAAUUGCAUUCAACCAGCACGGCACUCGCGCCUUGCAGAAGAUGAUCGAGUUCAUCUCCACCGACGAGCAGACCCAGAUGAUCAUCCGAGCAUUGUCAGGACAAGUUGUGGACCUCAUCCAGGAUCUGAACGGCAACCACGUCAUCCAAAAAUGUUUGAACCACCUCAAGUCUGUGGAGGCUCAGUUCAUCUUUGAUGCUGUAGGCGAGAACUGCAUCACCGUCGGCACCCAUCGCCAUGGUUGCUGUGUUCUUCAGCGCUGCAUUGACCACGCUGUUGGCUUCCAGAAGGUCGACCUCAUUCGCAAGAUUACGGCUCAUAGUUUCCAUCUUGUACAGGAUCCUUUCGGCAACUACGUGGUUCAGUACAUCCUGGAUCUCAACGAUGCUGCCUUCACAACACCCAUGUGUCAAGGCUUCCAGGGCAAGAUUUGCGAAUUGUCCAAGCAGAAGUUCAGUUCCAACGUUAUCGAGAAGUGCAUCCGCUGCGCUGAGCCACACGUCAAGGGUAUGAUGAUCGAGGAGUUGCUUGAUGUCGAGCAGCUUGAGCAGCUCAUGCGCGACUCAUACGGCAAUUAUGUUAUUCAGACUGCACUCGAGUUUGCCCCUGCUGAGCUUUGCGUGCACCUCAUUGAGGCUAUGCGUCCAAUUCUGCCUUCGAUCCGCCAGACUCCUUAUGGUCGUCGCAUCAUGAGCAAGGUUGGAGAGCGCGAGACUCGUCUGGCUGCGUACACGGGUGGGCGUACCUCUUCCGGUCAAGCCUCUCCCGGUGCUGCUCAGGGCUCUGAGCAAGGUGCAGUAUUCAGUCAGGCCCUGCCACAGUAUCAGCAAAACAGCGUCGCAGCUAGCUACCAAGGCGCCAGCGGUUCCUCUAGCUUCCAGACACCAAUGUACACGGCCAACGCAAACUACGGCCCAAGCAUCAUUUCACCCCAGCCUCAUCGUCAGCCUCACCGCCUGAGCAACCCCCACCACAUGCACAACCCUAUGCAGGACAACCGCCAGAAUUACCAGGGUUACCAGAACCAGCAUCAGUACGGUGUGGCUCAGACCAACGGCGGUAACGGCAGUUGGUUUUAG